GCGGUAACGUGCCACUAGGAUUGACAACAACGCCACCAAGCAAUGAAGAAUACGUGCUACGGCGGCUGAGAAGGGACACGGACAAACAAAAAAUAAACAUCACAUCGUGUGGCUAUUUGGAAAUGAACAAAAUCAUGAAACGCCAAGUAAAGAGGGACCAACAUGUUCUCUAAAGAGGAGACAUCGCUGACUUCAUCACCUCCCUUCCACCCUUCAUCACCUCCUUGUGACUCACACUUCAUUGGGAGGAAAGAGGACAUAGUGAAGGCAGGGCGCGUUACCAAGCUGGUGAAUGGAUGCAGAGAUGUACUGGUCUUGUACCACGAGGGACAGCUUCAUGCUCUGGACAUGCGCUGCUACCAUUCAGGUGGUGCAUUAAAGCAUGGAGACAUUGAGGAGUUCAAUGGGCGACUGUGCAUCGUGUGUCCGUGGCACAAGUACAAGAUCACACUAGCAGAAGGGGAAGGGCUUUAUCAAGCUGUGGAUGAUCCGACUGCUAAACCACUGAGAACUCACUGGUGCUCCAAGGGAGUCAAACAGAGGAUUCACAACGUCACAGAAGUUAACGGCGAUGUAUAUGUAACACUGAAUGACUCCAUCAAGGUCAUUGAGUCAGAUGUCUACCAGACUGAGAAAUACAGGACAGCCUCACUGGUCUGACCAAAAUUUAAACCCAGGAAAUAGCCACAUAAUCAAGGAUUUAUUGAUCAUACAAUCAAAUGUAUCGUGUUUUGUUGAGGAGGAUGUUCAGGAUGUGUAUUGUUUCAAAAUGGUUUGUUGUAUAAAGUUCAGAAAGCAUAGUAAUACAGCACACGAUGAUCACA